AUGCUGGAGCUGCCACUCUCCAUGGGUAAGGUCAAGACAGCUGCAGUGCUGGUAGAGGAGGCAUUAGGAACAGCAGACGAGGAGCUCCCCAAGCACCAUCAGCGGAGGACCCUGGGCAAGACAUUCUCUGUUCUCUCCCCCUGCCCACUUCUCCCCAACACAGGGCGAGAUGGGAAGCAGAAGGGUCUGCAGGCCCUGCUGGCUUUUGCUUUCCAAAAGCCAAACCCAUGGAAGAGGACAGGGUUUGAGGCAGAGGCCGACCCCUGGAGGACCUUGGAAGGAGCUCAGGACAGAUGGCAGGGCACAUACAGCCACGGAGAGACGCAGGAGCCCACCGGAACUGUGAUGCUGCACCCGGCCUUGCCCUUGAAAGCCCAGGGAGCUGCGGAGACUACAACUCCCAUCACGCCCCGCAGCCGGCUCCCUCCCCUCCCCUCUGCCCCCCCUCUCUACCUUGGCCGGCGGUUGGGAAGCUCUCAGCUUUUAUCUGCAGACCGGGCGGGAGGGUUCCGGAUCCCUGCGAUCUUCCCAGACCGGAGCGCUGUGCCCGGCGGUGGCGGUGGCGGUGGCGGAGGCUCUCAGCCGAGUUCUGCCUUUGCGUCCGCGCCAGCCCGGAGCCUCCGGGGGGCCGACGGUCAGUCCCGGCGCGGCGAGAGGAUGGUCAUCCGCGUAUUCAUCGCCUCCUCCUCGGGCUUCGUGGCGAUAAAGAAGAAGCAGCAGGAUGUGGUUAGAUUUCUGGAAGCCAACAAGAUAGAGUUUGAGGAGGUGGACAUCACGAUGUCGGAAGAGCAGAGGCAGUGGAUGUACAAGAACAUCCCCCUGGAGAAGAAGCCUGCCCAGGGCAACCCUCUGCCACCUCAGAUAUUUAAUGGUAACCGAUACUGUGGAGAUUAUGACAGUUUCUUUGAAUCCAAGGAAAGCAACACAGUCUUUUCAUUCUUAGGCCUCAAAUCACAGUUGGCAUCAAAGGCAGAACCUUAGCGAAGACAAGCGGAAGAGGACGGAGAUGCAUUUUGGAACGCCCCUGGUACUCAGCACACACCUGCUUACCUAAUGCAUCACUGUGACAGAAGCCACAUGCAUUAUCAGUAACUUUGCUUGCCACGGAAAAGGUGUUUUGGGAAGACACGGGUCUAAUGGGAUUGCAUGAGUGCUUUAAACCAAAUCAGGACCGUGGUGGGUUUUUUCCUUGUUUUCAGAAUUGCCUGCAGUUGCCUCACUCACCCGGAGGUACUGUCACCUGUUACAGGUGUGCCUCCUGAAUAGCUGCGUGAUAAGCAGGUGGUACCAUCAGAGAGAAAGUACUGGAUCUGCCCUGGGUUGUAGUUGAUGCCAGGAUUGCUCAGACCUGCUUCUCUUCAGGCUGCCUAGGUGGUGUCCUUGAAAUUAGUCGGCCAGGCUCUUAGACUAUUUUGAUCAGAAAGGAAAAAAAGCAAUGUUGGCUGACAAAGGGCUAAAGAUCUUUGCUGCAGAUUCACAGGCGUCACUAUUCCAGUGCUUUGUCAUAACUGUAGGACAAACUUAGAUGUUCUAGCCUCCUUUUGGUAAUGGAAAUUCUUACCCCCAUAAAUCCUCCAAACCCCUACAGAUGUUUCCAGAAAUCACUGUUGCAACAGUGUGUGAUCAGAACCAAGUGACAGGGAUGAAAAGAAUUGCUAUUUGGGAAAAAAAAUGCUUCUUUAUCUCUUACAAAGGAAAAGUUUCACCUAAUGUGUAAGAUGACUUAAAAGAUAUAUUUAAAGAGGUGCACUGAUAGUUAAUUUAUAGGGACAUUAUCUGACUCGUACCUGAAGGCAUUUCAGCUCUAGCAACUUAUUAUGUGUAAGUGCACAUAUAUUUUUAAACGCAGCUCCUCCAACUAAUAGCUGCUUAUAUAUUUUGCAAAGGGAUUGUAUUUUUCGAGAAAGGAAGAUCUCGGUUAGAUAUAUUUUGUGAACCCUUGAUGAGGCAUAUUAAAAGAUACUAAUAUUGCUGCACACUUUAAUUUUUUUUCCUGUGUUACUUUUCAUCGGUCCUCUGACACUGCCAGUUCAUAUUUCUGGCCAAUGCACAGUUCCGGAUUUUCAGAGUAACAUAGAUACAUGUUCUCAUUCCAUAUAUGAACACCAGUGAUUUUUCAGAACAGAGUACAUACGAGAAAGGGGCUGUCAGAGACUCACUCUGAAUUAUACUUGGCAUGUGAAAUCUCUCCUUCCUUUGGAGUGGGUGCUGACAAACACUGAACCUGUCGACUUCAUUAGGGCAAAGGCUUCUUUUCUGCAUCCUUGUCCCUGCUCACAUUUUUUUAGAGUUUUUAGUUGCCAAAGCUGGGAAUAGUCUUGAAUAGAAUAAACUCAGAGUGCUGCCUAAGAUAUUCUGCUAUUCUCAGUGUCCUGAUGGUGGACCUGCCCUUUUGAUUCUGAGCAGGAAGUUUGUAAGAAAUGGAAAGAACAGAAGAAUUUAGUCCCUGUCACCUGUGUUCUCUCUCCCUCCUAUUCUAAAGAACUUGUUGAAUGCUAAAGCUGACAUCCCAGCCUGAGAUUUGCAUCCCAGGACUACAACCAGAAGGAAAGCAUGCCACUGAUUACUACAUGACUGGAACAGAUAUAUGAUCCACCAUUUUCUCUGCAAGGAAAGCUGCUGUAAAAUCAUGGCUGUGACUGCUUAGUUGGCAUUAAAUACGAUCCAGGUCAAAUUCCACUUGAUAAAUCCCAGGGACUAACCAGGAAAUGUUUUUGAACUGGAUAUCGUGUUAAAGUCUAAGAAGACUUAAAAUUUCUUUUUAAGAUACAGCAGUUUUUAAAAGUUAACGUUGCAAUGGUCUAACUUACAUUUUGUCUACUCUUGCCAGUGACUACCGAGAAGCAACUUGGUAAGAUUGAGUCUUGGGGUUGUAGGAUCAAUUCAAUACCUGCUAGACCAAGAAAGCUACUCAGAAUUGUUUGUCUCAAAACUUCUGAAUUACUCUGCUUGUAGUAGGCCCAGUAUGGUUGUCCUAAACAGACUAGAUGAAUAGGAGUGCUAAAUUAUUUACCACAGUUACAGAUCAUCUACCCCACCCCACUUUUUUUUUUUGGAGCAGCAAAGAAAUAGGAGAGACCAGCUUCACCUGGUAUUGUGCUUGUUAUGAGCAAGCUAGAAACACACUGUGUGGCAUUUCCCUCAGUACCCAGGCUCUGCAGAGUCCUAAGGUAUUGCCCUCUGGGACUGCACUGUGUCCUUACUUGUGUUUUACCAGCUGAAUUCCAAACCUGUAAUGGUUUUCUUCAUCCCUUCUUUUUUCGUUUUGUUUUGUUUUGUUUUGUUUUUUUACGGUACGCGGGCCUCUCACUGUUGUGGCCUCUCCCGUUGCGGAGCGCAGGCUCCGGACGCGCAGACUCAGCGUCCAUGGCUCACGGACCCAGCCGCUCCACGGCAUGUGGGAUCCUCCCAGACCGGGACACGAACCCCUGUCCCCAGCAUUGGCAGGCGGAAUCUCAACCAGCGCGCCACCAGGGAAGCCCUUCAUCCCUUCUUUAACUAGCUGCCUUUAGAUCUGAAUAAUCAUAGUCUUAAAAAUCUAGGAAAGAAGUGGAUGGGAAUUGCAGACAUAGAUGUAAUAUCAAAAGCAUUUUAAGACAGAAUUUUUAUUUCCUGUAGUAGGCUUGUUGGGGCAAAGAAAAUGUGCUACUAAAAAUCAAAUUAUCCCAUUUUAAAAUGAGAUAAAAUACAGAGAGUGCCAUCCUGCUAGGUAUAUGCAGACCAGAAGAAAAUUCAGUUGGGGAAGUACUUGUUUUUCCACAUUCUGGUAUUCUAUUAAAAUCAAAAAGGAGAAAAGGAGGAUUUUUUUUUUCUCUCAGGCUCUAAUAUAUUUUAGAUUUGUUUCUGUUUUAUAGAUUUAUUCAACACUCCCACAUAGAUGUUUUUAUAUUACAUGAAUUUAAUAACGAACUAAACUUAUUUUUGUCCUUCCUUGUUGAAAGGUACCAAAGCCUCUUUCUGGUUUGUUUUGUUUUGUUUUUUAAUUUGAUUUUGCUGUAUAGGGUUUUGCUUUUUCUAGAAAUGCUUACAUCUUUUCUAAAGUGUCAGAGCCCACUUUGAUCUGCAAAAUUAUUGUGUUUAGAUUUCCAUUUGUAUGCAUUUAUUUGUCUCUAAAGGCAUUGGUGAAAUCUCAGAUUUUAUAUUCAGCAUUAAAGAGGAAUAAAUUACAGAAAACACAUAUUCUGAAAAUGGAGUGCUUGUUCCCGACCAUUUCUUACACCUUUUCUAAUUUUGCUUCUGUGUUUGGUUGAAACCUUCUUGUUUAGCUGGGAUGCUGUAUUUCUGCUCCCAUCAUGAACCCCAUACCUGAAAGCUGCAGAUUCGUUGUAAAAAUGCAGAUGGAUCAUUUGAGUACUUGAGGAGACACACUUGUGGUUGUGUGUUUGUGUGUGUGUGUGUGUGUGUGUGUGUGUGUGUGUAAGUGUGUGUGUUGGAGGUGACUGCAGAAUCAUCUCAGACAGUGACCAGGACGAAGGAUGGCGUUAAAUCACUCAUCCCCUGGUUGGUUCAAAUAGAUGACGGUGGCUUCCUGAGUACAAUGAAGCGAUGGGCUGUGGAUUCCCUUCCCUAAUUUCGUGCAGGAGAAAAGUACAGUGUAGCCACAGCCCUUAAUAGCAGGGCUGCCUUUGCUGCAAACACCUCUGAAGGCAGAAGACGUUUCUGAAGGCAGCGUCUGAGGUUAAGCCCAUCGCUGAACUAUUUCUAACUUAAACUCCAAGAUGAGGGAGGGUGAAGGAGGAGAUAAAGAGAACAGGUUGUCAGUUUCCAGAAAUGCACUAAAGUGUGAAGCCAAAGAAGCCAAGUAAUCCCCGCCCACUUGUGACCCAGAUUUUCAAAGUUUUCCUAGUUUUCUAGAAAUGCAGGCCAGGUUAGUUUGGUCAUCCCAUUAAUCAGCGUGUGUUGAACCCCUAGAAUGUGACAGGGACUGUCUGAGCAGGACAAUAGUCUCCACCCUCAAAGAGGAGAGAAACGGAGAAGGAUUAGCAGCAGUGACAGUGGCAGUGACUUGAGAAACAGGUAAGUUCACAGUGUUCCAAGCGAUGGUUCGUCAUCUGAAACGUGCUGUAUAGUCUUUUUCUUUGUAUGUUUCAACCAGUCCAAUUUUUUAAAUGAUUUCCUACAUGCAACGGAAUAAAUAUGUACACACACACGUAUAUAAUAUAUACACUGACAUAUAAAGAAAAAUAAACACACCCCCGUGUGUCUGCCACCAGCCGCCUGCCUUUCCUUUGGGGCUCUGUGUGCUCCCUCCCUGACCCUGUCUCGUCCCUGUUUGAUAGCGGGAGCCCGUCCGGAACGCCAUGUUGAUCAUAGCCUUCCUGUCCUUUAUUAUUUUACCUUUGUGUAC